GAAUCCACAAAACGUCUCCACCCAUUAAAGGACAGAGACGGGACCUCCUGGCUUUACGUCAGAGUCUGAGCCGCCCUAACAACAGAAAGCGAUCAAGACCCCGGACGUGGAUCGCAGUGCGUCGCUCCUCAAGUACUCAAAACCGUGUAGUGACCAAUAUUGAGAUAGAGGAGACUCGCUCCUAAUGCGAAAGGAUGAUGGCCUCUACCGUGAGAGAAUUCCUUUUGAUUGCUCUCAUGACGAGCAUCGCGCGAGCUUCUAAGGAAGGUUCUCUGAGACUUUCUAUCGGAGCAAGGAUCACGACACAUGAAGGCCAGGGGAACGUCGAGAUUUUUCACAAGAAUCGGUGGGGUUCCGUUUGCGAUGACGAGUGGGACGAAGCCGAAGGCACAGUGGUCUGCCGAGCCUUAGGUUUCCGAGCCGUAGACGUAGUGACACACGACGGGGAAUUCGGUGCUGGGCGACCGAUAUUGAUGGACAAUCUCAUGUGUACCGGGAAUGAGAAGAAACUCACGGACUGUAAUUUCGAUGGAUGGCAGGUGCACGACUGUGCCCCCACAGAGCUCGCGGGAGUGCGCUGUCUGAAGCACGAAGAGCCAGGCAAACCGCUGCCAGUUGUGGAGAAGAACGACGUUGUCAUCGUGGAUGCGCCACCGGCCCCCCAGAAUUUCUUCGAAUCCCUACGGAGAAUCCACCCGAAGGAUCUGAAAAUUAGACUUCGUUCCGGGAGAACGGCAAUGGAGGGUCGGGUUGAAGUUUAUGACGAUCGAAAGAACCAAUGGGGCGUUGUGUGCGCGGAUGGUUUCGGACUCCUGGAGACUAUGGCCGUAUGCAGACAGGCAGGCUUCGCUUACGGCUCCCAAAGUGUUCGCGGAUCUGCGUUCGAACGAAUCAAUGCAACCUUGUUGCCGACAAUAAUCGUCGGACUAAAAUGCACCGGAGAUGAGACUAACAUCGCCGAUUGCAAAUACAGUACUCAGCUGGUGACGUGUCCGGACGAUGAGCACGCCGCAGUUAUUUGCGCUGAAGAACUACCAGAUCUCGUUAUCGACAAAGAUGAGUUGGAACGAAACACGUAUCUCGAGGAUCGACAGUUGUCCUUCCUGACUUGCGCUAAGGAAGAGAACUGCCUCUCCGCAUCAGCUUACACGGUUCCCGCCGAGAAUUUCUUCGAGCACACUCGCAGGUUGCUGAGGUUUACAACGAGAGUGGCGAAUAUCGGCAGCAUCCCGUUUCGACCUUUCCUGCCGAAAGAUCAAUGGAUUUGGCAUAGUUGCCAUCAGCACUACCACUCGAUGGAGGUCUUCGCUCAUUACGAUGUGCUUGAUUCGAAGGGUGCCAAGGUCGCUGAAGGCCACAAAGCUUCUUUCUGUCUCGAAGAUAAUCAUUGUGACGAGACAGCGACUAAGGUGUAUGCCUGCGCAAAUCAUGGCGAUCAAGGCAUCUCCGUGGGCUGCGUGGAUACUUAUCUCCACAACAUUGACUGCCAGUGGGUCGAUGUGACGGACAUGCCCAUCGGGAAUUAUACUUUCAGGGUCCUCAUCAAUCCGGAUUAUAAACUCGCUGAGAGCACUUUCGAUAAUAAUGGAUGUACCUGCGAGUUGAUAUACACUCAAACCUAUGCUGCUGUUCGGAACUGCAUCUACGAGAGACCUUGAUACCGAUCGUUGUUGAUAUCCCAAUCCCUCAAUGUAAAUUAAAUGCGAUGAUCGCAAGACGGUCCCCCGUAA